AUGGCGGAUCUCAACUCCACAAUGGUCACCUCUACAAUCUACAACUCUUCAGCACCCCUUUCUCCUCCUUCCUGGGAUUACAGAGGUCCGAUUGCUUCAGGGAUCCUGUCGCUCUGCUUCCUGCUGGGAGUUCCUGGAAACAUCGCAGUGAUCAUUCUCAAACCCAACUGGGAGCAUCUCUGCAGUCUGAGCCAGUGUUUGAUGCUGAAUCUGGCCAUAUCAGACCUGCUCUGUCUGCUAACCCUUCCGGUGUGGAUUUACUCUUUGCUCUCCGACUGGAUCUUUGGCCUUGUGGCCUGUAAGCUCUUAGCAUGCUUUGGGUACAUCUCUAUUUACAGCAGCACUCUGACUGUGACCGUGCUGAGCGUCCACCGCUACCUACUGGUGGUGCACCAGCAGAGGUGGUUAAAUAAAGUAAGAAAAAGAAAGCUGCUGGUUCUGCUCUGGCUGGUCGCAAUGGUGCUCUCAACACCUGCCUCGGUUGUUCGACAUCUGACCACAGAUCAUGACAGGAAACGGACACGUUGCUCUUCACAAUACGUUUCUGAUGUCCAGAAGUUGGCUGUGAUGCUGACAGAGAUUCUGGUGAUAUCGAUUUGCCUUUUUGUAGUAGCGUUUGCAUAUCUUCAAGAAAGUGAAUGA